UACCUGAAGACGGAAAAGCGACGCCUUCGCGACGUCUUCGACGCGUUCGAUCUCGAUAAGGACGGCGCGCUCGAUCGACGCGAACUCUCGCGCGCGAUCGCGAAGAUAUUACCCUCCGCGUCCAACCACGACAUGCACUACUUCCGCGUGAUGCUUGACGUCGACGGAGACGGCGUGCUGACGUUCGACGAACUCUUGGGGACGAUUCGCGACUGCCGCGCCGCCGGCGCGUUACGUCGGUUAUCAGAUUUCAUGCGACACAACGCCGCGGACGUGCGCGCGGUCUUCGACGCGUGCGACCUAGACGGCAGCGGGUAUCUGGAGUACCCGGAGCUCUGGCGCAUGGUCGGCGACUUGGUCCCCUCCGCGACGACGCUGGAACGACGAAGCCUGCUCGCCGGUCUGUGGUCAGCGGACGUCGACGGCGACGGGCGCGUGUCGUACGACGAGCUCCUCCGA